AUGUCUGGUGGGACAAUUAUGGAACAUAUGACUUCUCUUCCACAUCAAAACGAUCAAAAUACCAUCCGAUAUUUGACACAGUUUGUCAAAACUCCUUCCAGUGACGGAGAUGAAGCCGACAUUAAGAAGAAAGAGGAGUCUAUAAUGGAGCUUGGAAGUAUGUUAGCUGCAAACAAACAGACCCAGGAACUUAGAAAGAUGAUCGAAAACACUCGCCCAUUUUUGAUUUCGCUUGGAAAAGCUAAGGCGGCCAAACUGGUUCGAGAGCUUGUCGAUCUUUGCCUAAUGAUUGAAGAUCAGGAUGGAGAAAUAAAGGUCGAGCUUUGCAAAGAAUGCAUCCAAUGGGCAACCGAACAAAAUCGCAUCUUUCUUCGUCAAACUCUUCAGGCUCGUUUGGUUCGCCUGUAUAAUGACCUCGAGCGUUUCCCACAAGCUUUGGCUUUGGCUGACGAACUUGUUCGAGAAUUGAAGAAAGUGGACGACAAAGAUGUUUUGGUGGAAGUUGAGCUUGAAGAAAGCAAAGCAUUUUAUAACCUGGGCAAUAUUGGGAGAGCACGGGCGUCUCUUACUGGCGCCAGAACUACUGCUAACUCUAUCUACGUAAGCCCUCGGAUGCAGGCCGCUCUCGAUUUACAAGCUGGAAUUUUGCACGCUGCAGAUAAAAAGGACUUCAAAACUGCAUUUUCGUAUUUCUACGAAGCGUUUGAAAGCUACAACUCGGUUGAUGAUAAGAAGAAUGCUCUUCUUGCAUUGAAAUAUAUGCUGUUGUGCAAGGUGAUGCUUGAUGUCCCGGACGAAGCCGUUGCUCUUCUCUCAGGAAAAAUUGCGCAAAAAUAUUCAGGAAGUGAGAUCGAAGCAAUGAGAGCUAUCGCAGCCGCUUCAAAGAAAAGAUCUUUGACAGAAUUUAACAGUGCUUUCGGAAGCUAUCGGGAGGAGCUUCAAAUGGAUCCUGUCAUUAGGAAGCAUUUCCACUCACUUGCUGAACGAAUGCUUGAGAAAGAUCUCUGUCGUCUAAUCGAGCCAUAUUCUUACGUCCAAAUCGAGCAAAUUGCGAAUCUUAUAGGAAUCGAUAGACACACGGUUGAAAAGAAGCUGGCGCAAAUGAUUCUGGAUAAGAAGUUUAUUGGUUCACUACAUCAAGGAGAAGGAAUGUUAAUAGUAUAUGAUGUCGAACUUCCUGAUUCUACAUACGACACCUCUCUGGAAACCAUUCACGCUUUGGGUGAAGUUGUUGACGUGCUAUAUCAACGGGCCAGUGCAUUGCGA